AUGAGUUUACCAUUUACUGUUAUAAUAUGCAUAGUAUUAUUGUCUGCUAUAUUAAUUAGUAUAGUGAUCUUCGGUAAUUCUCCCAAUUUCAGGAACACUCCGAUAUACAAGUUAAGAUUGAAAAUAUUACGAUGGAAUCAUGAUAUUAUUGCUUGGAUCAAUUACGUUGAUUCACAUGUUUUUGGUAAUAAGUUAGUAUUUUAUUCAGGAUGGUUGGUUCCGUUAUUCUACAUUAUUGUUGUUAGUUUUUGCUUGCAUCAAUUUUUUACCAAGGUUUAUAAACUUUUACCUUUAUUCGUAAGAAAAAGUGGCUUUCAUUCAACUUACAUCGCAUUUACAAUCUUGUGCAUUUUCAUAGACACAUUCAUGGCUACGUUCAGUAAUCCUGGCAAAAUAACUACCGGUAACGUUGACAAAGUGGAUAACUUUUUCCAAAACAACGAAUUGAUAUUCUUUGCAGAUAACUACUGUUCCACUUGUGAGAUUAUCAAGCCUGCAAGAUCAAAGCAUUGUUCAAUCUGUAAUAAUUGUAUAAUGUUGUUUGAUCACCACUGUAUUUGGGUCAACAAUUGUGUUGGGUACUAUAAUUAUAAAUGGUUCAUGGGAUUUUUAAUAGCGAAUAUCAACCUAUUGGGUUACGGUGGGUAUUUAUGCUAUCAAGCGAUGUCUUCUACGAAAACUGAAUUUCCAACUUUAAGUUAUUGGAAAACAAUUAUUUCUACAAAUGAUUCAAAUAAGGCUACUGGCGUAUUAUUAAUACUAUGCGUUAUAUUCAUAAUGAUAGCUGUUUUAUUUACAGGUUUACAUUUGAGAUAUUUGUAUCUAGGCGUCACAACUAAUGAAUGCGAUAAAUGGUCGGAAGUUGAGUAUUUGAUUAGCCUUGGUUCGCUUUAUCAAGUCAUAGAUAGUAAUUUGAAUGAAAAAUAUGUGGAGAAGUGUGUAAUAAUGAAUCACGACAAUGAUUCAUACGAAACUGUGUUCAUUAGUUUAAAGAAUGAAAAUGUGCUAUUUUCGUCUAAUGACGGCAUUAAUCUACGUAAAAUUGAAUCGAUGGAGGACGAUCUAAUUAACAUUUAUGAUCAUGGCUUUGUGGAUAAUUUAAAAGAACGAAUGUUUAAUAGAGUUCUUAAUUGA